GUCGAACAAACCCAAGAAGCGAUGCCGUCUUUCGAGUUUGAUUGGCGCGUUAAGCUUUGACGUCAUGGCGCGGCGGUGGUGACGUCACGUGUUUACAGCGGGAACCAGGAAGUGGCGGCUCGGCGCAGGCUGGCGAGGCUGCCAAGCACCAUGUAGUGCUUCACACGGUCCCUGCGGAGGAAGACAUGCCACUUUUGGAUUUUCUCCUCCUCUUCGCCUUUGCAAACGCGACAUUUGGAGACGAUGGGGAGGUGACGUUUGUAUCGGAGCUCUCGUCCAAGACAGCUCAGAAGUUGUCCAAGUAUGGCUGGUAUGGAAACGCAAGGUUGCAAAGGUUUCAUAUACCGGAGGAGACCGCCGUCGCCCGCUGGAUGUUCACUGUCAAGAAGGGCCACAGCUUUCACUGCGCGGAGCGGAAUGUCACCGUCUACGUUCGGCAGAGUGCCCCUCCGGUCGUAAACCCGACUGCCGCCGCUUUUCCAAACAUGACGCUGUGGAGGCCCUCUCUCUCUCUGAGCCUCGCGGUCACCUCACUCAGCAUAGCGACCUUCAACGUCUCGAACCCCGCACCCGGGGACUGGUUUGUCGCCGCCCACCUGCCUGAAGAUGAUGGGCGCAUUGAGCAGAAGGGUUUCCCAUCCUGUUCCUACUUUUUCCAGCCUCAGCUGUCGGUCAGGAGGGCAGUUGACACACCCGUUAUGCAAACGGGAAUGUUGCUCCGACAGACCGCUACCGCUAACAAGCCAGCACGCCUUAAGUUGUACGUUCCGCAGUUUGCCUCGUCUCUUUCCGUGUCUGUGGCUGAUUGUUCCUCAGCAGAGGUGGCAGGGAGUGCGUUGUGUUCUCUGGUCCUCAGCCUGGGCUCAGACUCUCUCCUGGAUGGUCCAGUAAGAGUGAAAUGCUCAGGGACUCUUUGCUCUGCGUCUCUCACCAACCCGCCUUGGGACACUUGGUUACGUGUUGUCGUGGAGAGCAUUGAAGACAGCGGCAGAGUGAUGUUCAGCAUCGUGUCCAAGUACACCGAGGGGUGUAAGCCGAAAAGCGUAGGUCUUGCAGCUGAUGAUGUCAGCGGCCUCCAUGGCAACAGCAGCAACGCCAACUCCGAGUCCUCGGCAGCGAGCAACAGCUCUGCUGCGAUCGAGAUUGAACCGGGAUCGCCGCUGUUGUCGCCUUCGGCGUGCGUAUGGAGCGUCCCGGUUCACUACGAGGAGGACGAUGUUCUCUCACUCCAAUUCACUCCAGUCAAUGGACCCAGUGUCAGCGUCAGAGCAACCCGGCCCACACUCCUCACGUACCCACUCCCUGCGCAAGUCACCGGCGGGACACUCAACCUGCAGCUCACACUCAACACCACAAAUGUAACACUGGGGAACAGCAGCACUGUGGUGGCGUGCCUCUCCCCCCGAGCGCCAGUCCUCCAACUCGGCAACAACUCCCCAUGCCGCACAGCUUUGUUUGGAGGCUAUGGCCUUAAGGUGAACACCAGCGUUCCCAAAUCUGUGGUUCGGCUGCCUUUUCCUGCGUCAACGGCGUGGUACCUCACUCUGCAACUCCUGUGCGGCAGUGACUGCGGCAGUGUGUCUGUGGUGUCCGUGGAACCGGAGGUUUUUGUCAGCGCCUGUGUCGAGGACUGUGGCGCGUUUGGGGAAUGCAGACUGCUCAGGUCCUACAACUACCUAUACAGUGCCUGUGUAUGCAAGGCUGGUUGGAGGGGUUGGGGCUGCACAGACGGUUCAGCAGCUCAGUCGUUCGCCCGGCAGUUGGCGGCCACGCUGCUGCUCACGCUCAGCAACGUUGCCUUCCUGCCGGCAAUUGCGGUGGCCGUCAAACGCUGCUACGUCACGGAGGCGUUCGUUUACCUCUUCACCAUGUUCUUCUCUACGUUUUACCACGCCUGUGACCAGCCGGGUAUUGCCGUGCUAUGCAUAAUGAGCUAUGACACCCUCCAGUACUGUGACUUCCUGGGGUCUGUUUGUUCCGUAUGGGUCACCAUUUUGUGCAUGGCUCGCCUCAGGAGCACGGUGAAAUAUACUCUGUUUGUUCUCGGGACUCUGCUGAUCGCCAUGUCACUGCAGCUGGACCGCAAAGGUCUGUGGAACCUGCUGGGCCCCAUCCUCUCUGCCAUAAUCUUCAUGGUGGCUGUUUGGGUGUACCGAGGAAUUAGGCGUCGCCAUUGUUACUUCCCGUCCUGGCAGAGGUGGGUCUUCUACCUUAUCCCCGGAGCACUCUGUGCUCUCGUCGGGGUGUGUUUCUACAUCUUUGCGGAGACGGAGGACAACUACUACUACACGCAUUCAAUUUGGCACAUCCUCGUGGCCACUUGCGUGGUGUUCCUGCUGCCGCCCCGUGGAAGGAGCCUGGCUGCCGUCAGUUGGACCCAAGGAUGGCGGCCGGAUUGGAAUUGGACGUGGCGCUGGACUCCUCGCGUUUGUGGAAGCACACUUUGCCCGAGCAGCAAAGAUGAACUCUACACUGUCACAUAAUGACACUGUCACACGGAUUCUGUCAAAUUGUCACAGAAGUCGACACGCUUUAAAAAUGGAGAAUCUUCUGAAAUUUUGUAGGCCUCCUCACUCGGUCCUCACCUUAGCCUCAACGAUGCCUGCUGUCUUUUUUUUUUUUUUUUGUAAAUAACUUUUAAGUACUGUCCUCACAACUUUGUGCAACUUUGCAAAGCUCUUGAAAAUGCCACUUAUUCAUUUCAUUACCUCCUGAUCCAUUGAACCAGCUUAGCUACAAAAGAGGUUUGUACAUAUUGUUUAUGGCGCUCUUAUGCAUAUUUGGUCGUCGAUAUACGGUAUGCUCCAAAUAUUUAUAAAUGCUGUCACUUUAAAAUGUUCAAUUCCUACUAAGUAAUGGUGUUCGUACUUGUUUGUCGAUAUGUGCCCCGUGGUUCAGGGUGCAGUCUUGCUUCUGCCUGAAGUCAGCUGGGGCCGGCUCCCCGCAACCCUGAACAGGACAAGCGCUAUGGAAAACAGAUGAAGUCGACCAUCCGCUUUAUGACUUUUGAUUUUCACGAUGGCGGGAGGCAGGUUCACACGUCAGCUGAAUGAUUCCUGCCAGGUGUGUUCAUGUCGUACUCAUUCUGAAGCACUUUUAUGAUUUAUGUGAGUUGGGGCAGCUCUUCUGCUCAAAUGGGAACUUGAAUGUAUGUAUGUAUGUGCCUCCCUUUUUUCUCGAGUGUCUCGUGUGUUUUCGUCUCGCCUCAGUUAUUCCGGAUUUUGUUCUAUGCAAACGAUUUAUAUGUUCUCUUGAUUUUGUCAAUUUCAACACACUCAUGUUUUGCUCCUCCAAUCUUGAAAACCAAUCUUAGCUUCCUUACAGUCGUCUUAGAGCAGACGUGUCAAAUGUUUGUCGUGGGCCACAUUGUAGUUUCCCGCAGAGGUCUGUUAUAACUGAACCCAUGGAAAUGUUUACUUUUCAUGUAUAUACACACACACAAGUAGAUAACUAGUUUUGAAAUCAGAAGUCAACGAGUCGGUUUAACUAUUGUUCAGGUGACUGUAAAAUGGGGUUUGGCAACAACAACAAAAAGCUCACAGUAUCUCAACGUUAGUAUUGAUUACAUUUGACAAUUUCAAAUGAGAUUUUAGCAAGAAUCAUGGACAUUGACACACCUGAUUUGCUUUUGCGGCCCACAUCAAAUGGGGCGGGCCCGAUGUGGCCCCCGGGCUUUGAGUUUGACACACCUGCCUUCGACUGUCUUUCAUGGUGCCCGUUUAAGAGCGAAUCGCAUGAAGAGACCAGCGAACCUCGACCUCCCUGCACAGUUACUCAAUGAAUGUUUGACAGACCAAAAACCAAUCUGUUAACAGCAUUGUGCUUUUUUUCUAUUGUUCUGUUCAUUCAUGUAACAUUUCUAAAGGACUUUGUGCCCAGGGGAGGCUAUUUCAUGUGGUUGUUGCUCUUUUAUUGUUGAACACGCACAUUCAUAUGUGACUGUCCAAAAUGGGAAAUGGAGAGAAGAAGAUUAUCAUAAUCCUCAGAAGUGUAUCGACUCGGUCCGGGCGUGCAGUUGCUUGAGUCCAUUAGUAAAAUUGAUCCCCUCAUCAGGUCUGCAAAGCUGGCUGAGUACGAAAUAUCACUGAUGCAGCAGUUUAUUCUUAUGGUGUAGGUUCCACAAGACUAUUAGGUUUAAAUGGUGCACAAAUGGCGUCGAACAGGAGAGCGCCCACUUUCCGACCCCCCCCCCCCCAAAUACACACAGCCCUUAAAACAGUUCAAUCCUUUUCAUGGUUUUUUUCGAGCUGCUCUUGAACACAUCAUGAACAGGGCGUG